CCAUAAAACAUUAAAAUUCAGAGCUUAUAAAUAAGGAGAGGAAGCGCUGUGCAUUUCUUUUCAGAAGCCACUUCUCUGAGACUCUUCCCAAGGCACCGGCCAGGCUCCCCAUGAUGGCACAGAGAAGCAGCCUAGCAACCUCCUGCCCAGGGCACAUCCUCAUGCUUUGCUUUUUGGCACACGUAGCCACAGGUGUGGAACUGUCUGUAAACAACCACAACGAUGACUUCACCAUGACCAUAGCAUCUGGGUCCCUCGCCUCCCUGUCCUGCCUAGCACAGAACAGCAACCAAGCUGAGGAGCUGCUCUGGUACCGAGGAGAUGGUCGUGUGGAUCUGAAAGAUGAAAAUAAAGUGAACAUCAGCAGCAUCUGCAUCUCUCCAGUCUCUGAGUCUGACAACGGCGUUGCCUUCACGUGCAGGCUGCAACGGAACCAGUCUGUGCAGGUCUCGGUGAUCCUGGAUGUCCGCUUUCCUCCCUCCCUGGGUGAAGAUGAGUCCAUCUAUAUUGAAGAAGGCAAAGACGUCACUCUGACCUGCAAUGCCAAGUCCAACCCUCAAGGCCAAACAACAUGGUAUAAGAACAACACCAUCCUGGCUCUACAAAGCCACUACCAGGUGUACCAGACCAGUGAGACCUUCCAGCUCUCUAUCAAGAAAGUACAGAAGUCUGACAACGGGACCUACACGUGUGAGGUGAAAUCUACUUGUGGAGACAGCACUAAGGAUUUCCACCUGAUAGUUGAAGAUAGAAAACCCGUUUUCCCCAAGGAGGCGAUUAUUGCUGCCGUUGUGGUGGUUGCCAUCACUGUGCUUUUCGGAAUCGUGGCUCAGAAAGACAAAAUAUUUAAGUGCUUCAAAAAACCAAGUGAAACAGCCCUGUAAAGACGGCACAGGAAACUUUGCACACCCAGCCAACACCAUCUGAAGCGGUGGCAACACCUGUGUGAGAUGAGGAGCUCAGGCACUGAAGCACAACCCCGGCCACAAGCUUCACAAGGCUCAUAGAACACACAAGCAUCGUUUCACAACUGAUUGGAACUCACUGCUCAAUACUCAGCUAUAGGGCAUAAGGAUGACAGCUCACCUCAUCCACAGCGCCUCAAUGGUGUCGUGUGGGGAGCAGCACUGUGGUGAAGGGGGGAAGGGUUCCUCUUAAGAUCGCACCUUGCCAAUAAACGCACCUUGCUGUACGUUAA